AUGGCGACAGACGAGGUUCCCUACCGGUCACCGGUACCGCUGGCAUUUGAAUUAGUCCAGCAUGUUGGUAUCUUCUUUGAAGAAAACCUCCACACUCAAGCACUCAGUCUCCUGUAUAACACCCUUGCAUCGGGCACGGUCUCCUCAGCCCAAGCAGUGAUCCCCCAGCCACAGCAUCUGGCCGUUGCUGCUACUAUCCUCGUUCACCCCUCUACAACAACACGCGCCAAAUCGACGGAGGAGAAAGAAGCUGCCAAUGCAUCACUCCGUCUUCUUCGACUGACAAACUCACUUGUUGGACCUAUCGAUGCAAAAUUUAAUGAGGCUUUUGCCUUUACACAUUUCGAAUCCUCGCGCCAGGGUUUACGGCGUCAGGAUAGCCCAGAGACUAGUGGGCUGAAAAAUAAUGACUCCAAACCCUUGAAAACAAUCAUUAGCGAUGCAGACUCGGUAUGGCAACGUGCAGAGGACUUCUGGCAUGCUGUCGGGUGGGCAUUCCGUUGCUCGGUGCUUCACCCGGAGCGGUGGGAGCGCUGGCAAAUCUGGCUGCAGUUCAUGUGCAACGUUCUUGAAGACGAUUGGAAAGAGCGCGAAAGAAAAUGGCUAGAAGCUAAGGAAGAUAAGAAGGAGUCCCCACCAGACGCUGAGUCUGAAACGAAAGGCAAUUAUGGACUGGAGGACCUGAAGAUUUUCCGCGAGAGUUUGAUCUUUCAAUAUAUAAGCUCGAAUACCACCUACGGACAAAACCGUCGGAUCCUACGUGCUAUCUUUGCUGAUGGCGCGCGUGAGGAGUUCAAGGAGGUAUACAGAAAAAGGGAAACCACGAAGUCCUUGAACGCAGCCCAGAAUACCAAGAAGAGAGAGGUUGAAGUCAACAUCGAAAAGAACGAAUACGGCGACUACCUGGACGAGUCAGGUGAAGAAUCCCACGGCGCACCCGACACAAACUCACCCCCAUCCAAAACAAAAGCCAAAGAAACCAAGUCUCGUCGCCCUAAACGCACAAGACGCGGCACAAAAACCGACUUAGACCAAUCCACAACAACCAACCCAAUAAGCCACCUGCAAAAAACAACCCAAGCCCCAGAUCCAGGAAGCGAUCUCUCCUCCCUAGGCGGCUACGACUCCCUCGCCCUCCGCCAACAACUCUUAAGCAUCCUCUCCAGCGUCUCCCUCCGCCUCCCACAAGACUUCAUCCCCUUAGACGAUCUGUACCACAUGUUCGUCGAAAACAUCCGCGACCUCCCCCUCCCAAUCUUCCAACACUUCAUCAGCCCCUCAACCCUUCCCCACAUGACCCCAGCUGCACAAACAACCCUCUGCGAACUCCUCCUCUUCGUCAUGCGCGAGAGCUCAGCGCCAAGAUCUGACGAUGAUUGUCUUCACCAGGAGAAACUGGAAGAGUGCUUCUUACCCUAUGCAGCAGCGAACUCCAGUAUUGAGAACAAUGCCAAAGUGUCAAUCCUGCUAGAGGCGCUCAUGGCAUUGUUGCAUAAGAGUGACAUGCUUUUCGUUACGCCAAAGCUCAGGAAGGCUGUUGAGCGGGGGGUUCUUAAACGUGGAAAGAAGGCUGAGGAGGACAGGAGGAGGGCUUUGGAUAGGGGGGAGAAGGUUCCUGUAGAGUGUAAUUAUGUACGUGAGAGUGGGUUUAGGUUGUUGUUUAUGGUUGAUCAUCUUUUGCCAAUGGCAGCUGGUAGUUAG